AUGUCCCGGCCCAGCAGCAGAGCCAUUUACCUGCAGCGGAAGGACUACCUGCAGGCCAUCUCCUCUGAGCCCACCUGUCUGCAGCACAGGGUGGAGCACCUGAUGACAUGUAAGCUGGGGACGCAUAAAGUCCAGGACCCCAGGGAUGCCCUGAGGAAGCUGCAGGAGAUGGAUGCCCAGGGCCGGGUGUGGAGCCAAGACUUGCUCCUGCAGGUCAGAGAUGGCUGGUUCCAGCUGCUGGACAUUGAGACAAAGGAGGAGCUGGACUCUUACUGCUUGGACAGCAUCCAGGCCAUGGACACGGCACUCAACACCUGCUCCUACAACUCCAUCCUGUCCAUCACGGUGCAGGAGUCAGGCCUGCCAGCCACCAGCACUCUGCUCUUCCAGUGCCAGGAAGUGGGGGCAGAGCAACUAAGGACCAUCCUGCAGAGGGCCCUGGAGGAGGUGCAACAGCAAAGACCCCCAUCUGGAGCCCAUCGCCCCAGCCAAGACAGAUGGAGGGGGCUUCCUCUGGAAAGGUCAUUCCCCAAGGAGCAGGCACCCCCACUGGAGCAGGGGUCCCCUCCAGAACAGCCCUACUGGAUGACCGCAGGGUGCAGCACACCACCAUCCCCAAGGUUCCUGGCACGCAAUUCCAGUGUCCGAGAACCAGGCACCAUCACUCUGCCUCCUCCGCUGCAGCCUCCAUCCCCCAAGAAUCUGGAGAGGGAUGAGGAGAUACUAAGCCACGUCCUUAGGGACAUCGAGCUGUUUACGGGAAAGCUGAAGGAGGCCCAGGGAAUGAACAAUCAUAAGAAGAAGAAACUGGGGAAGAAAAAGGGCAAGAAUCAGUGGGUGAUGACACAGGCCCAGUACACGGAUUGCUUCCAGAAGAUCAAGUACAGCUUCAACCUCCUAGGGAAGCUGGCCACCUGGCUGCAGGAGGGGAACGCCCCUGAAUUCGUGCACAUCCUCUUCCAACUUCUAGACUCUAUCCUGGCCCAUUGCCCUGAGCCUGGCCUAGCAACCCAAGUGAUCUCCCCACUCCUCACCCCCAAAGCCAUAGACCUGCUGCAGUCCUGCCUCAGCCCCGCUGAGACUGACUUCUGGAAGAGGCUGGGUGUGGCCUGGACCACCAGCCGGGCCGACUGGACAGGCGUUGAGCCCCCGCCCUACCAACCAACAUUUUCUGAUGGUUGGCAGCUUCCAGAACCCUCCAGCCAGGCACCCUCAGGAUACCAGAACUUUACCUCCUUCCGGCCCUCCAUCCCCAGACCUGUCAAGCCAGCCCUGAAAAUGCAAGUCCUAUAUGAGUUUGAAGCCAGGAACCCACAGGAACUGACUGUGGCCCAGGGAGAGGUGUUGGAGGUCCUGGACCAGAGCAAGCAGUGGUGGCUGGUGAAGAAUGAGAAGAGACAGACCGGCUACAUUCCCAGCAACAUCCUAGAGCCCCUACAGUAGAGGGCCUCCAGGAGCCAGAACCAGUCACCUUCUCGGGCUCCAAUGCUUUGACUUAGCUCAACACCUGAGGAGGUCAGAGCCUGGCUGCAGGCUGAGAACUUCUCCACCACAACUGUGAAGAGCCUCAGGUUCCUCACAGGGAGCCAGCUGCUUCACCUGAGACCCGGAGAGCUGCAGAUGCUGUGUCCACAGGAGGCCCCACGGGGCCUGGCACGGUUAGAUGCCGUCAGAAGGAUGCUGGGGGUGAAGACACCCGGGGCCCCUGACCCCCACAGGAAAUGCGGGAUGCUCCCCGGAUGA